AUGGACUGUUGGUCUAUUAAUGGUGAAAGUGAAUACAUUAUAAUGACAAACCAAGGCGGAGCAGACUACGAAAGAGCUAUUGGUAUCUGUCAGGGAUUGAAUGCUUCACUUGUCAGCAUCCAUAGCAAGGACGAAGACAAAUACAUAGAUAACUUAAGAGAACAAUAUGCUGGAGUCCCUGUUUGGAUUGGUAUGCGAAGUUUCGGAAUAGGUCUAGUUCAUAUUUGGUCAGACGAAACUCCCAUUGAUUAUUUACCGAAAAUAGAGAGGAUUACUUUUCCAUUAGAAGUUGCGUGUGUAUAUGUGUACUAUAACUGGUAUGAGGGAGACUGUGAUAAUUCUCUAAAUUUUGUGUGCAUUGUUUCAGUUGCGUGUGUAUAUGUGUACUAUAACUGGUAUGAGGGAGACUGUGAUAAUUCUCUAAAUUUUGUGUGUAUUGUUUCAGUUGCGUGUGUAUAUGUGUACUAUAACUGGUAUGAGGGAGACUGUGAUAAUUCUCUAAAUUUUGUGUGUAUUGUUUCAGUUGCGUGUGUAUAUGUGUACUACAACUGGUAUGAGGGAGACUGUGAUAAUUCUCUAAAUUUUGUGUGUAUUGUUUCAGUUGCGUGUGUAUAUGUGUACUAUAACUGGUAUGAGGGAGACUGUGAUAAUUCUCUACAUUUUGUGUGCAAGAGAAUAGCUGCAAAUUCAAGUCAGAUGUGUAUCACAACAUCUCCAUUACCAACAACAGUAGUUACAACUUCCUCGAACACCGUCAAACAUCCUAGCUCUCAAUUUACUGGUAACGGACAAACAACUGAAUCUGAAGUGAAAAACACCAACCAAAAAUAUACCAGUGACGAACUUACAACGAAUUCAUUGCGAAGAACUUCUGACCAAAAGACAUCCAUUAUACAGAUAUCCACAGAAGAAAAUAUGAAAAAUUCAGAAUACACAACUUUAUCUCAUGGAAAGACAGAUAACAUAUUGUCGGAAGAAGAACUAUCAACAAACAGCUUGUCAUCCAAGAAAGAUCAACCCCAAACAAGGUCAACUACUGUCAAAAUAAAAACGUCAACUAAAAAACCGGCUCCACUUUUACCACACGAGAUCGACGAAAAGGUCCAAGAAAUUGUCAAAAACCUGAAGAUUUACAACUUACCUAAGCGAUCGGCUAGAGAGGCACCAGGAGGAGAGGCUAUCGGGGCUGUAGCUUUGUUUAUCCUGAUUGGUAUUUUAGGCGGAAUUGUCCUGCUGGAUCUAGUCACUAUACAAAAUCAUCUGAAAUUGUUCAUGCGGAACAUCAGACGUAGACCUUAUAAAGCCAAGAAAAAGAAUAUUGAACAACCUGACGAUUCGUCGGCAUCAGCAAUUUCAGAAGAAACAUAUCGACGAACAGUUUGA